ACUCACUCACUCACUUAGUCUGUGAAGACACUUUGUGACUAUACACAAGCACAGACACGUAUUAUCUGGUUACACAAUAUUAUCGUGGUGAAGAUGACAGGUAUGCAUUGUAUCUGACUCUUGCGUUGCUAGAUAUUCGUGUAACAUACAGGCUUGUACGGAUUUCGGAUCAUAAUAGGUGAAAGUACCUUAUGUGUUGUGGUAGAAACUGACAUGGGUAUCAGGUGGAAAGGCUCUGUUACUUGGUUGAUUGUUUACCAUCGAGACUUGAUGACGUGGAUCGUUCUUCGUGUUUUCAAUAAUCAUACCGUCCAUACUGUUUACAGUUAUUUAUAUGGAAUGUUUGUUUUUGCAGCCUUAAACUACAUUCACACAAUCACUGAUAGUUACAAGCAGCCACGUUCACUUUCUAGGAAAGUGUCACAUUGGUAUUGUGUAAAUGCAGUUUCAUAAAUUAUAUAGGUCCGAUAUACUAUCACAGUAAAAAUGACACAAGAAUCAAAAACGUGUCGGGAGAACGAAAUUGACAGAAGCGAACAUCUAGUUAUGACACCAGAUACAAACAACGGAAAACUGUUUGUGCCGAAGACGGGAGAGGCGGUCGAUGGGGGAGACAGUUUGUUGGGAACGGUGACAGAAGAAGGUGGGACUGGAGCUGGAGGAGAUGCCGAGAAGCAGAACAUGUUGCAUGAUGGUGGUAAUGGCGAGCUACCAGAUGACAGUAAACCAGAGCAAGAGGAUGGUGGUGUACCUAUCGAUCGUGGAUGGGCUUGGGUAGUGUUAGCAGGGAGUUUCCUGAAUGUUAUUUUAAUGGCUGGAUAUGGACGGUCCGUUGCCAUGUUCUUUGUGGCAUACUUGGAAGAAUUCGAGGCAUCUGCCACAAAAACAACCUUGUUCAUGGGUGUGAUGGCAGCGACGUACAGUAUAAGUUCUCUCAUAUCGAUGAACAUAAUUCUGCAACUGCUUGGGGAGAGAAAGACUGUACUUCUUGGUGGGACAAUAUCAGUUGUAGGAAUGCUGACAGGAGUUUUCGCCACCAGUAUUACAUACCUCAUCUGCACUCACAGUAUUCUCACUGGUAUAGGGCAUUCCAUGAUUCAUGCUCCAGCAUUGGUAUUGAUCGGAAAGUACUUCAAGAAGAGAAGAGGCAUUGCCACAGCAGUUGCCAUGUCUGGAAUUAGUAUUGGGGGCAGCGUUUUCCCACCCCUCGUUCGUUUCUUAUUAGAUGAAUAUGGUGUCAGAGGAAGUAUGUUGAUCCUAACAGGACUGACAAUGAACAUGUGGGUCGGGGCUGCUUUGUUUAGACCAUUAAGUUUCUUUCAUAAUAGGAUACCAAAAAACCCAUCUGUCAUGGGUGAGGGGCGAAAACAUCACCAAAGACAUGGCAUUGAAAAACAUGGGAAUGAACAUGAUGUGGUUCGAGUAUGUUCUUUUAAGGAACUAACUUGUGUUAAUGGUGGACAAGCAGUGGUCUCAUUUGCGAGUCAAUCAAACAGAGGAAAGGGACAGACAAGUGCAAUAAUCUGCAAAAGUACAAGACCAGAAUCAGUUGUCAGCAUUGAAUCACAAGUAGAUUCCCUCUCAGAAAGCCAGAUUAGAUUGUACACAAGUAACCUAGAUUUGACAUCAAUGUCAAUGGUGGAUAUUACAGAAGUUAAUGCCGAAUUAUUUGACAAUGAACAGGAAUCAAAAGAAGCCAAAGGUUGUGGCAUGUAUGUGAAACGAGCAUUAUCAGUAUUUGACAUUUCCUUGUUCAAGCAACCAAUGUUUCAGUUGAUUGUUGCAUGUGCUCAUUUUGGCAUCAUAUUUAGAUUGGUUGGAAUCUAUCUUCCUGCCCUGGUAAAGGAAAAGGGCAUCUCACAAGCAGAUGCAGCAUAUUUGUUGACUUUGUCGUAUGUUCUGGAUUUCUUCAGCAGACUUGCUGUCGGGUUCGUCGCCGAUCUCAAAUACAUCAAAGUUAAUCAUUUGAUGAUUAUAGGAAUGCUGAUAUCUGGAAUGGCAACACAGUUUGUCUAUUUUUUCAACACGUAUGCUCUUCUCGUCGUAUUCUCCGUCACUGUCGGACUCUUUGGCAGUUUUUAUCACUGCCUUAUUCCUGUUGCCAUUGUCGACUUCAUGGGACUUGAAUACAUGGCGAAGGUUCUUGGAUUUUUAGCUGUGUUCCACGGUUUAGCCACAUCCGUGACGCAUCCGAUCAUGGGGACAAUCCGUGACCUGACCAGUUCAUACAACCUUUGUUUCACCUACAUUGGAAUAUGUAACUUCAUAGCUGCAAUAUGUCUACUUUGUGUACCGCUCGUCAGAGGUCGGGCGAACAGAAUGAAGUCACAGAGCUCCCAUAAGAACAUUGAAGAAAACCGACCACUGAAAGGCAACUGA